GCGCUUGUGGAGUGCGUGGCAUGUGAAGAUCAACUGCCGCCCAAGGAUCUCAUACUCGCGACUUGUGGACAUUGCUACUGUGGGACAUGUCUGGACAUGGUAUUCAAUGCAGCCGUGCUUGACGAGUCGCUCUAUCCACCUAGUUGCUGCGAAAAUACACCACUACCCAUCGAACAUGCAAAGAGGUUCCUGGAACCUGGAAUGGUCGAGACCUUCAACGAAAAGGGCGUCGAGUUCAGUACUGUUGACCGAACAUACUGCUCAGACCCAACCUGCUCGACUUUCAUCCCUCCUUCGGAUAUCCAUGGCGAUGCAGCAGUAUGCGAUGGUUGCGGUAAACAGACCUGUGUUGUCUGUAAGGCACCCACUCAUCCUGGUGACUGUCCGGCAGAUGAGAAAUUGAAGGCGCUCCUCGAACACGCAGAAAAGAUGCGCUGGCAGCGUUGCUACAAUUGUCUUCGCGUGGUCCAAAGACUGGAUGGUUGCAGCCAUAUUGAUUGUCGAUGCGGCGCUGGAUUCUGUUACAAUUGCGGCAGACGUAGUCAAGAUGGAGACACUUGCCCUUGC